CUGCAUUUCACAUCCCGUAUGUGCCCACUCAGGAGUCUGGGUACGAUCACGUGGGCAGCCUAGGGAUGGCGGAUCCGCGGGAGUUCUCUGACGAUGGCUCGGACGACUCUGGAUUUGAGGAGAGCGUGGGCUCAGCCGAACGCAACAAAGAACAGCACCUGCAGAAUGAUAAGUACGACUUGGCCCUGGAGGUGAGCGCAAGCGAGGCAGACGCACUUGGCGACGGGAGUCCUGGGGAGGAGAAGGGUGAACGCGCAUCCGGCAGUGAUUCUCCACAUGCAAGGAUCGGCGCGACAGCAGAUCGCCUGGGCCUGGGGAGUAGCACCGAUGCUCCCUCCCGGGAAGCAGCCAGAGGAAGGGGAUCCAGUUCUGCACAAGAAACGGGUCAGGACGUGAAGAAUGACCAGUUUGACGCGGCCUACGAUCUUAGCAGCGCUGACGAAGAGUCAAGCGUGGAUACGAGGGAGGCGGCGGAUCUGGCUACGACGAAGAGACGCACGAUAGGUGCUCCGCCCGCUUCGGAGCGUCGGCCCUCCCUUACGGCUAAACCGUCGUCCGUGCCAUCGGGGACAGUGGCAUCCGCGGUGGCUGGCCUAUCGUCGUCGGCCAUGCACCCGGGCGGGGGUGGAAGCGAUGGGGGCAGCGACGACAGCGAAAGCGGGUCUGAAUCAUCAAGCAACGGAGACGAGCGAAGCAACCCUAUCAAGAUCGAUGGGGCGUACGAUCCCGCGGACUACGCCCACCUCAAUGUGUCGGCGGAGAUCAAGGACCUCUUCCAGUAUAUCGGGCGUUACAAGGCCCAUGAGGUGGACCUCGACACCUCCCUUCGAUGCUUCGUCCCUGACUUCAUCCCCGCGGUGGGAGACAUGGAUGCAUUUCUCAAAGUCCCUCGUCCGGACAAGAGCCCGGACGAACUUGGUUUCAAGGCAACAAAUGUUCUGGACGAGCCAGCAGCGAAUCAAAGCGACGCGACCGUGCUUGAGCUGCAGCUGAAGGCGAUUUCAAAGAAACAAUAUGGAGAUGUUGCCGUCAGAUCGAUCGAAAACGCCCACAACAACCCUGCGGAGAUCGACAAGUGGAUUCAGAGCAUCAACGACUUGCAUCGCACCAAGCCACCGCCACAGGUGAACUACAAGAAGAACAUGCCGGACAUUGAGCUAUUGAUGGAGGCGUGGCCACCUGAGUUCGAGGAGACUGUUGGCAACGUGAAUUUGCUGACCCCAGAGCUAGAUAUGCCCCUGGAGGACUACGCACGCAUGGUGUGCGCGGUGAUGGAUAUCCCGGUGUACGACAACAUUAUCGAGAGCCUGCACGUUCUCUUCACAACCUUCAUGGAAUUCAAGAGCAACGCGCACUUUAUGCAACUGGGUGCUGCUGGCGGGGGUGCAUCGAAUUUCGACUACAAAUAGAUUGCCUGAGCGUCCUACCGCCGGGUCGUAACUACUUCAACGUGGACGAGGACAGUCAGCGUCUGUCUCUGAUCUUUCGGCCGGAAUCCGCGAUCAUGUCGAUUACUCUUUUCCGCGUGGCUUGUGGUUGCCUUUUGGAAGCGGCCUCCUUUCGGGAGUUGGACGCGUGUCGGGCGUGGUCGUUUGUCAACCUGUUCGCACGCAUUUCAUUCAUCAACUAGUCAACAGCCAUACUCGUUUUCCUACACACUGCACACAUGAUUUUUCUGAGUAUUUUUUAUUUUUUACGAUUUUUUUCGCAGUGUGCCUAUAUACCAUUAGGGUUAGUUGGCCUUUGACUACGGAAUAUGUCCGCGUCAGCUGGGACGGGAAAAUUUCCGGAAACGGUUGUAAAUAAAUAUAAUGUGAAAGACAGCAAUGACAAAAAAUUUUUCGCUCACGGGCUCAGCUACAGACCCCGGCUUCAUAUUCGUGG